AUGGACGCCGCAGCGCGAGCGGCAGUGGAGGCAGAGGCGAUCCAGUCUGGGCGCCUGCCGUCUGUCGAGGACGCAUUCGACGUCGCCACGCUGCUGGUGUGCGCUCUCACGGCGCCAGAGGCGACGGCCGCGGCGGCGGAAGUUGCGAGUGCAGCAUAUUACAGGCUUUACCAGUCAGACGCCCACGUCGCGGCGGCCGUGGCCGCGCUGCUCGCGCCUGCCUCGCGCUCGGCGCUCGUCGCUGCAUUGGAAGGCGGCGGCCACGCCGCGCUCGAAGCCGGGGAGAUCCUUUUCGAUGUGGUUUGUGGGGGUGCCCGCGGCGGUGCGGUCACGUCGGAAACAAACGAUCGCAUCGCGGGCACGGACGGCAUGAUUGAAUCCUUGGUGCACGCCCUGCAGCGAGCCACCGGCGAGGUGCUGCAGGUGCCUGAGGCCCCUCUGCGUCACAUCCGGUGGAGGGCUUUCCGCAACCUUUGCUUCGUGCUUGAAACCCUCAUGUGGUGCGAGGGCUGCGCAGCCCGAAUCCUGGCUGCCCCCGGCGCUGUGGGCGGCCUCGCCGCCGCUGGGCGCGUCGGGUGGCGCCCAAGCGACGCGAGGUUUCUCAUCGUUCUGACCAUGUUUGACUCGAUGAUCGAAGCUUUGGGCGCGGACGCGGCGCGGGCGCUGAUGGCGGAAGAGGGCGUGUUUGACACGGUGGUGGCAGCGGCGGGGAAGGGAGACGGCAGCAUCGUCUUAUCAGCGCUCAAGACGCUGCGUUUGCUGGCCCGCGCCGACGCCGAGACUGCGGGCCGCAUCAUCGCCGACGCAAACGCCAGGGCCGCGCUGACGGGCGUCGCCAUCACGGGUCCCCAGAGCGAGGCGGCCCGCGCCGCGGGCCGCUGCACGCUUCGAGCGAUCGCGCGCGCCGGCCACGCCGCCGCCGUGGCGGUGGCGGUCAAGCCGUGCCUGGCGGCGCCGGCGGACGGCGCCGAGCGCGGCCGCGCGCGCGCGGUGCUGAUGGAAUUUCUCCCCACAGUGGCUGUUGACGCGCUUGAAGCCGUCGCCCGCGAUGCGGAGGUCGAGGCGGCAGCCUUAAGGGCCGAAGUGGCUGAACAGCGGGCAAUCCCUGUCAACACGCGAGCCGCGAUCGUCGAGCUGGCGGCGACAGCAGCGCGUACAUAG